CUAACGCGAUCGGUGCAAUACCGAUUAUCGCGUAAGUAUACUUGUGUUCCUUGCCCAUCCUAUAUAGGAUGUGCGAGUAUAAUUUUACUUAUUCUAAGCUUGGUAGCCAUUCUCCAUCGACAAAAUCAAGGAGCAUGCUACAUCCAUCGACAAAAUUUAAAAAUCGACACAUCAAACCAGCUGCAACUGCCAUCCAAAAUGUGACCAAAUAUAGUAAAAAAAUACAUUUGAUAGACGCAAUCAUAGAAAAUUUACCGCAAAAUUGCAAAAUAAAUAAAUACAUUUAUACUUACACAACCACAAGUUACUAUAUACUGUCGUAAUGACGCUGUUCUCUGCCAGUGUCACUACCGUCGUUGGGAAAACCAAUCUGGCAAUGGAUCCGGCUGGUCAUUCCGAAGAGAAGAGGUCUUCGAAUGGAUCCCUGAAGGUGAUGAACCCAGUGGCAAGCGGAGACAACGUGGCGGCAGGACGGAACUCCACACUCAAGGAUGAAUUACCUCCGCUCAUACCCUGCUGUGAGGGCAAGGAACUUCAGAUCAACGAAGAGCUGGUGAGGAGCGGUUUGUCGGCCAUCUCCGUGAGGAACGAAAGCCUGCUGAGGAUCAACGAGAAGAACCCUGGCAACAGCCUGUUCACGCACCGCAACUCGUUCCGCUGCCUGCACCGGCCGGAGCUGCGCCGGGUGCCGCGCCUGCGCCGCGCCCGGGCUGAGGACCUCGAGAGCAUCUUCAGGGAGGUCUGCGAGGCGCCGCCGCAGCCGUCCACGGAGCGCCGGGCUGAGCACCGUCACGACACUCAUAAACUGGCGCCGAAACCAGCUAAAGAAACUCCCUCGGCAAAAGAAAAAGAAGGUGCAAAGGAAACUGACUUAUGUUCCACCCUGCCCCCGGUGUCUAUGUCUCGUCGCCACGAAGAUAUUCCAGCGGGCAAGAGGCUGCACGUGGCGAGAGCUCGUCUUUACACUUCCGUGCUGGCUGCGGCCAAAACUGGCGAUCAGCUUGACGGAGUAUCAGUGAACGAAGAAUACGACCAGCAAGUCCACUCGGAAGACCCGGUGCCCGAGGACGAGGUGCAACGGAGUGAGGAGCUGCAGGUCAUUCUGCCGCCGCGCGUGGACGAUGCUCUCAGCGUGACUACUGCAAUGUCGUGUGACCCUUCUGUGCUUAUGUAGUUGCAGGUGGAUGGGCGGGUUUGAUGGAUGGCUGAAAGAAGAAAUUGUUGCAGGUAAGAUGAAAGGAGCGAAGUACUAAAUUUGAAAUAUUCUAGAGCGAUUUAAGUAUUUCUGUCUAAUAAACGAGUUUGAGGA